AAUUUUUUGUGUUUUUGCCCUAUUUUUAGUAUUGUUGCGAUUCAUUGUUGAUUUGAAUGAGCGAGCAAUUCAAUGGAGAAGGAGAACACCUUCGAUCCUGAUUUGGUUCACGAAAUUUUCAAGCUUGUUUGGAAAAGAAAAGCUGCAGAACGAGGGAAAAAUGAAUUAUCUGAGAAUAUAGAGAACGAGGUUGGGGCUAGCUCAUCAAAGAGAUUUCGGCCUACUUUUGCCAAUGCAAAUGCACUGAAGCUGAGCUCUGAACUCCUCCGAGUCUUUGUAGCAGAAGCUAUACAACGUGCUGCUACUAUUGCUGAAGCCGAGGGCAGUGUCAAAAUCGAAGCAACUCAUCUAGAGAGGAUACUUCCUCAGUUACUUUUAGAUUUUUAAGUUACUUGAACGCAGUAGCGGACUCAGGAUUUUUGCUCAGGGGUUUGAAAUAUAAAGAAGAAGUUAAGUUGAUAAUGUAAUUGCGCAGUGAGCGUAGUAGCCCCUCAGCAUGCUCUUUGUACAAGAACCAUAGAUAUUUCAUUGGUUCAUAAAAGUAAAGACUAAACUAAUCAAAGAUAUUGAGGACAAAGAUGCAUUGAUAAGAAUUUUAGUGGAUCGACUGUAUUACAUAAGUUAGUUUUUAAAACACGUGAAAAUUAAAUGAUGAAAAAGGGAGCGAGACGGGGAAGAAAGAUAUUUACCUUAACAUGCUAAAUUUAACUCA